CGUGACGCACAGAUUCCUGCGCUCGCGGUUUGCGCCUGUCACCGUGACAUAGCAGGACCACCGACCGACAACCGCUUGGCGCAGGAGAAGUUAAAAUUAUCUGCAUUAAUAUCCAUGUCAUAAAUAUUUCUCAAACUAUUUUUUUCUUAACGACAAAUGAGGAAAUAUUUUCUUGUUGCUGUUUUGGGGAAUUUCUCGUCAAAUCGGACGCUGAGGAGUUUUUUUGUGGAGUGAGAUGGAUUAUCAAGAGGAGAGGGGUUUUUAACGGAGCGGGGGAAACGGUUGGGAAGCCGUUCGCGGGCUGUGUGUGUGUGCAUGUGUGUGUGUGUGUUAUUCGCCACGUCGAGGCAACAGGCAUGAUUUUAUAGCAGCAGGGGGAAAAAAUCAAAGAAAUCACCCUGCAUGCAUCUGUCACUCUUCUCUUUACUCAGUAAUCUCAUUUCUCCGUCGAAGAACCUCUUUUAAUUCGGGAAAAAAAAGAUGGCUCACCUAAUCCGACACAAGCUGACCAACAAGCUGACCAAUGCGGCCCACACAGUGUCCAACAAAUCUCAGGCCAAGGUCAGCGGGGUUUUUGCCCGUUUGGGCUUCCAGGCGGCGACGGACGAAGAGGGUUUGGGUUUUGCGGAGUGCGAUGACUUGGAUUAUGACUACAGGCAAGGGAUGCAAAUGGACGUCCUUCAAGGAGACGAGGAAGGGGGACAAAUGGAUGGAGAGGGGGAGAUGGAGGGGGACAGCCACUACCAAAGAGACGGCACCGGCCCGAGGCCCUCUGCCCUCAAAGCGGCAGGCUCGCUGGAUGAGGCAAAACCAAAAAUCACCUCUUGGGAAGCUGGAUGGAACGUCACUAAUGCCAUUCAGGGCAUGUUCGUCCUUGGCCUGCCGUACGCCAUCCUGCACGGCGGCUACCUCGGACUCUUCCUCAUCAUCUUCGCCGCCGUGGUGUGCUGCUACACCGGAAAAAUCCUCAUCGCGUGUCUUUACGAGGAGAACGAGGACGGUAUAUUGGUGCGCGUGAGGGACUCCUACGUGGACAUCGCCAACGCCUGCUGCGCGCCCCGCUUCCCGGCGCUCGGCGGACACGUGGUGAACGUGGCUCAGAUUAUCGAGCUGGUCAUGACCUGCAUCCUUUACGUGGUGGUCAGCGGCAACUUGAUGUACAACAGUUUCCCGGGGCUUCCGAUCUCGCAGAAGGCCUGGUCCGUGGUGGCCACGGCCGCGCUCCUGCCGUGCGCGUUCCUGAAGAACCUCAAGGCCGUGUCCAAGUUCAGCUUGCUGUGCACGCUGGCGCACUUCAUCAUCAACAUACUCGUGAUCGCCUACUGCCUCUCUAGGGCACGCGACUGGGCCUGGGAGAAGGUCAAGUUCUACAUUGACGUCAAGAAAUUCCCCAUUUCGAUUGGCAUCAUCGUGUUCAGCUACACCUCCCAGAUCUUCCUGCCCUCCCUGGAGGGGAACAUGCAGAAGCCCAGCGAGUUCCACUGCAUGAUGGACUGGACUCACAUAGCGGCCUGCGUCCUCAAGGGCCUCUUCGCCCUGGUGGCCUACCUGACCUGGGCAGACGCCACCAAAGAGGUCAUCACGGAUAACCUGCCCUCAACCAUCAGGGCCGUGGUGAACCUCUUCCUGGUUUCCAAGGCGCUGCUGUCCUACCCGCUGCCGUUCUUUGCAGCUGUUGAGGUUCUGGAGAAAUCUCUGUUCCAGGAUGGCGGGAGAGCCCUGUUUCCUGACUGCUAUGGCCCCAAUGGACAGCUAAAAUCAUGGGGUCUGGGCCUUCGCGUCGCCCUGGUGGUGUUCACUCUGCUUAUGGCCAUCUUUGUCCCCCACUUUGCCCUCCUAAUGGGUUUAACUGGAAGCCUUACCGGAGCCGGUUUGUGCUUCCUCCUGCCCAGCCUCUUCCACCUGAAGCUCCAGUGGAGGAAUCUCCUAUGGCACCAUGUGUUCUUUGACGUCGCCAUUUUCGUUAUUGGGGGCAUUUGUGCCAUAUCUGGCUUCAUUCACUCGAUUGAAGGGCUCAUAGAGGCGUUCAAGUACAACCUGCACGACUGAGAGCCAGGAGAGAAAACCCUGCUGCUGUUGAAUGGAGAUGUCCCACAAUGCCUCUCUCACAUGGAGAGUGAUGACGCAGGCCAUUAUGCAUAUCAAAACAUCAUGUUGACCACUUGACAUACAAGCUCAUGAGGAGGAUUACCUGUGUUAAAUGUAUAUCUUUUAUUUUGCCUUCGUGAUAAUGUGCAAUAAUAAACUCCACAAUCAUAGUGUACAGUAGUCUGCUCAUUCCAGAAAUCAUGUUUUAUUAAUCGGACAUGAGAGGAACACAACCUCCUCAUGAGGGGGGAAACCUUAUCUAUGCGGGCAUUAACAGGCCUGUCCAGGUCUCAGUCAUCAAGCAAGGUUAUCACAGUUCCUGGGAAAAUGUCCGCCAUGGGUCCAACUGUGAGUGUGUACGUGUUUAUAUCUGGGGAAUGAAAUAUGUGCAAAAUAAUGGAGUGAAUAUUUCAUUAUUGGUUUUUGAGCUGCUAGAUAUACCAUUAAUCCCACUCCAGAGAAAAUAUAAGACCACGGCAUUCAUCAGAUGGGAUGGUGCUCUGGAUUAUAAUCAACCAUAAAUAACUUAUGUGUAGUUGUUUAAAGAGAAAAUUUCAAUUUUUUUUUCUGUUUUUCUCGAUUGUAUGCCUAUAGUAGUCCUCGUUGACACGUUUGUUUUUCUUGGUGUUUCAAGUGUCAUUCUGGAUGAAGUGAAUUCAAAGUGCAAGACGUUGGGUCCUAAAUGUGUUCUAUGAAAACUGUUCGUCUGAUAAUAUUCUAUUCCUGUUGAACUUGUUUAUUGUGCUUCAAUGGAACUAAUCAUGGUGUGUGAGAAAAAAAAGAGUAUUUGUUGAAUUAAGAGAUAAAUAAAUCAAAUAUUUUAUGGCUGGUGA